AUGAGAGGAGGAGGAGAAGAAGAAGACGACGACGACGACGACGACGAUGAUGGUGGUGGUGGUGGUGGUGUCGGCGGCGGCGGCGGCGGCGGUCGCUUGUUUCACUAUAGCGGCGAUCUCAUCUUGGUUCAUUGCCCUCGAAGUCUGCUGACGAACUUAUUCGGCGCUCAGGUUCCCCUUUCGCGACAGUUCAAGUCACGUUGUGUCUCUACUGGUUGUUCCUUGAGAGCUGAGCACCAAGUGGCUUGA